AUGGCUGAGCCACCGAGGGAUGGCCAUGAGGAGUGGCUGCAGCAGUGGACACGAGCCGGCACCGUUGCGCCUUUCGCAACGGCACCUUUUGCCACGAACUACUUCGUGCGAGAGGCUCCGGCCCACAUGCAGUGGCACACCAAGGUGCAAGCCAAGCCAUCGACCUUGACGGCACAGCGGGUGCUGAACAAGGGCGGAGCGGAGGCGCUGAUGUCGGAGACGGUGAAGGCGCUGGCAGCACAUCCUCCGCAGGAGGGCCUCCGCGCGGCUGGCGCACCUUCCGGCCGCACGGAUCGCGAUUUCGGGAGGGUUGGCGCCCUGAACUGCGGACGUUUCUGA